AUGCAAGACUCUCUGGGCGCGCUUCUGGCGAUUGGCCUGAUCUGGCUCGUCUUUCGUUUCGCCUUUGGCUCUUCGUCCUCGUCAAGUUCUGGAGCUGGCCGCGGACAAGCGGCAAUAGGCGGCGCCGCACCUGCACCUGCUCAGAGUAUAGCGCUGCGAGAAAGGGUCAACAAUGUACCAGCAGAGAUGGUGAGUCCCUAGAGCCAAGUAGAGUCGAUGCACACGUGCUCUUCCGGAUCUCUGACCUGGCUUGCCUACCAACUUUGUUCCAGGUCCAAACAGUACAGACUAUGUUUCCUCACGUAUCUGCAGAAGCUAUCCGAUACGAUCUAGUCAGGAGCGGCAACGUGGAGGUGACUUGCGAAAAGAUACUCAAUGACGGCGGUUUGCCAGAGGUGAGUGAGCCUGGAAGGUGGAUGCCCAGCGGCGCUUGUGUGGUGCUCACCAUCACGACUGUGCCAUGUCAGCCGCCUACUGGACUCUUUGGACCUGCAAGACCUCCGCCGCAGACACGACCGGCAGAGUCAGCACGGACAACCAGCGGAGUGUUAAAGGGCUCAGGCAGCUCGAGCUUGAUAGCUCGCUUCGGCCUAGAAUCAAGGCUCGGUGCUGCAGAUGCUGCAGUAGGGGACGAGAUAGGAAUUGGCAAAGGCAAGGGCAAACAGGUGGAUGAUUUGACGGAUUCUACUCCUCAGAGUGUUAAGAAGGCCUGGAGCGAUGAUGCGGAUAUCAGGACCAAGGAGCUGCGCAGGAGGAAGGAGCAAAUGAUCUUGAAUGCCAGGAGGUGAGUGAAAGCAGCCUUCAUUGAUGUGUAGUCUUCAGUCUGUUUCGCUCACAACCUUUCUGGCCCGAGGGCUUUUUCCUUGUGGGACAGGCGCAUGGAGACUGCAGCUGCUCAGAAGAGCUCGCCCUCUGCGUGA